AUGACUUCUCUCUUCGGAGCGCCCGCCCAGAACACCGGCAGUAGCCUGUUUGGCAACACUGCGAACAAGUCACCCUUCGGUGGUACGACAACCGGUGCCCAAUCCACCGCUACGGGAAUGUUCGGGCAACAGAACCAGCAGCAAGGAUCGCUCGGCGGUUCAACAUUCGGCGCCAGUACUACACCUCAGACACAACAAUCAGGAGGCUUGUUCGGAAAUGUACAGAAGCCCCAGAACAACCUACUCGGCGGAAGUACCUUCGGGCAGCCGCAGCAGCAGCAACAGCCGCAGCAACAGAGCAGCGUAUUCGGAACCUCGCUUGGACAGAAACCACAAGGCUCUCUCUUUGGUGGCAACACUCAACAGGCAACUGGCCUCGGAGGUGGAUCGCUCCUGGGCAACCAGCAGCAACAAGCGCAGCAACCACAGCAAUCGCAAUUCGGCCAAACUACCAUGGCUACACCACAGGGCCAGCAGCAGCAGCCUCCCCUGUCAUCAAGCCUAUGGUCUCCCGGCCGUGCGAUCACUGGAGUGCACCGGACCGUUCCCAUGCAGAUCGCAAUUGUCAAGGACAAGUGGGAUCCCCCCAGUCAAUCCUCGCCAUUCCGAGCAUAUCUCUAUAACAAUGUCGGCGAGGAGGCCGCACCUUUCUACCAACCGGGCCCCGAGGAUGAUCAUACAAAGUGGGAGGAAGCUUUGCGCAAGCGCCCCGGUCCGGGGUAUGUCCCUGUACUUGUGAAGGGCUUCUGGGAGCUCGGCAAGCGCGCUCAGCGACAAAGAGACUUCCUUACCAUGAUGCAAUCGCGCCUGCAUGAGAUCAACAACUGCCUGACUGAGCUUCUUUCGAAGCAUGACCUCAACCUGUCCAUUAAGAUCGCCGACGCCCGUCGGAAACAUAUUAUUCUCAGCAAACGGUGCCUCGCCCUUGCUGCCAAGACACAGAUCCUCCGCAACCGAGGCUACGCCAUGGAUGAGGCAGAAGAGGAGCUGAAAAAGAAGCUUACCCAGCUGGAACGUUCUGUCUUUGACCCGUCGAUUAAUGGCCGUGGCGAAGAGAUCUGGGCCCGUAUGCUGGCCAUUCAUGAGCACUCCAAGCGACUGCAGGCGGAGUUGGAUCGUGCUGGCGUGAGCGUGACACCCGCUGAAGACGAUAUCGAUGAGCAGACUUUGAAGACAGCGAAGAAGAUUCUCGAUGACUACCACUCCCAGAUUCAGCAUCUCCAGAAGGAAAUGGAGUCUAUCAAGAAGGACUUUGAAGAAGCGAAGAGCGCGAACGGAAACUGA